CACAUGCUUGCAUAUCUGGUCUGCAACAAAACUUCAAAAGAAGUGCAAGGUCGUGCUUUCUCGUUUUUUUGCUCUUGUUCAGUUCUUGCUUGAGUUGAGGAGCUGCUUGUACGUAUUGUUCAAGGUCUGCCGGGAAUACUUACAUUCCUAUACCAUGGCAAGUUGUUUAGGAGAAAGGCGUAGCUCUAGUGUUUACCUACUUGCUCCCCACGACACUCCAGGCUUGAGUUCCUGCGAUGCUGAAGUUUGUGCUCGGUCUCAAGCUGGGCUCUGUGGAGACGACCUGGAUCAUUCCCAUCCUACAGAGUUUCUGAACGAUUUGGUGAGGGAUCAGGUGGAUGGUAGAGCUUUCUGCAUGGAUAGUACAAAACCAUGUGAAAAGCCUCUGCACGCUGGAGACAUCGCUGCUGUUGAGAGGACUCUGCAAGUUUCCUCCUGUGCCUUGAUUGUUGGUUUGUUGUAUGCCGAGCGACUUCAGGCAGCAGAAGCUGCCUCAAGCUCGUCUUGUGAGGAAACAACCAUUGUGCCCGAUGAUGAUAGGCUAAGUCAUGCUGCUGCGCCAGCACCUGGUUGCUCCUGUGCCGAGCCGGCUACUGAUCCACCCUCGGAUGACAAUUUCAAUUUCAGUGCUGCUGACCUAUUUCUAAUGUGUGUGUUGACCGCGAACAAGUAUUUGUAUGACGAAGGUGAGCCAGAUUCGUGCCUCAACACUGAUAUGGCGUUGGCAGGACGACGGAAGACGAAAAGAGUCAAUCAGAUGGAGCGUGCGUUUCUCCAUAAAAUCGGCUGGAGAUUGCACGUCAGCCACGAGGAAUUCACGUCGUUUCUAAAGCGAGUCGAGCGUGUACUCGCCCUGAGAGCUAUCCGUCGCCCGGGUUAUGGCUUCCUGUACCAAGAUGCUGCCUGCUUGUGGGAUGUGCUUAUGAGUCAGUGUGGAAUCGUGCUCAGCAGCCUCUUGCAGGUGGCCGGUGUUGUCUUCUCUGCCUAUACCCUCCUUGCAGUGGUCUUAUUCAUCCAGCCAGUGAUGCUGACACCCGCGAGUAGUACCGGACCAGCAUGCGGUAAAUCCGUUUGCACAUCGAGCCGCGCUGUCGAGAACAACACCAUGUCGGGACCACCUGCCUCGCUUGCUAAUGCACCGCCUGCCCGUAGCACUGACAUGUGGGUGUCACCGUACGCUCAGUCCACGCUCGAAACGUGCCAGUCGUGCACGUCACAGCAGCGCUCAGCUACGCACUCGACUGGCGUGCAGACGUAUGCUGCCAGUGCGCAUGGCCAGGAAGCGCCCGCACAGCCGAAGAACCAAACCGCAUCGAAGCCGCUUCUGUUGCCACAUAGAUUUGGGAAAGCGUACCGGUACUUUUUUGCAGCUGCGUAACAUCGUCUUUUUAUUCGCCUUCGAGCGUCUUUGUCCUCGUUUUUUUGUUAGUGUAAUUGUGUUAACUCCUUUUUUGGUUAUCGUGGAGUGAGUGAUCUAGCUGUGUUGAGUGACUGAUCUGGCUAUGUUGCUGUUUCUACUAGCUGUAUCCUGUUGGUCUUUAUUCUUCACUAGUAUCUUACUGUUUUAAUGUUAGUGCCGUCUAGACCUCCAGUGCCAGCAGAUGCUUGCUAUAGAAGUUAGUUCAAGUUAUCGACUCAUA